UGCUCUCUCCUCUUCUUGCCAUCUUCCCCACACCGCGUCGCAGCGAGAUGACUACCACCGCAGAGGCAGGACCAGGGGCAGCGAUGCCAUCUUCCUCUUCCUCAUCAUCGUCGCACAUCACGACCAAGAUAGCUCAGCAUACAUCGUCGUCACAAUCGCGUCCCUUUUGGUCGCUCGAGUUCUUCCCUCCUAAGACCUCCCAAGGCCAGGCCAACCUACUCGCCCGCAUGUCUCGCAUGAAUGCCACCCUUUCCCCACAGUGGAACCACGUCACAUGGGGGGCUGGCGGAUCGACAAAGGAACGCAGCUUGGAAUUGGCAGCGAGGGGUCAGAGGGGCGUGUGGGAUCCGGUAGUUCCCAUGGAGGGUGUGAGGGAGGACUUGGAUUGCGAGGCGGCCAUGGAUUCGUGUUUGCAUUUGACGUGUACCAAUGUCGAUAAGGAUAGUUUGGAUGAGACGCUCGAAGAGGCCAAGAGGCUGGGGAUCAGAAAUAUUCUGGCGUUGAGGGGUGAUCCGCCUCGGGGGGACGAGUAUUGGGUGGCCGCCGACUCACGCUUCCAACGAGCGACGGACCUCGUCGAAUACAUCCGUCAAUCCCACGGCGACUUCUUCUGCAUCGGCGUAGCAGGUUAUCCAGAGGGAUACUGCGACAGCCUCGACCAGGACAUCGACCGCGAUGUGCGCUUCCUCAAAGCCAAACAGGAUUGUGGCGCUGACUUCGUCGUCACGCAGCUCUUCUACGACGUCGAUGUCUUCGUAGAAUGGUAUCGCAGAUGUAGAGAAGCGGGAAUCACCAUCCCCAUCCUGCCUGGUAUCAUGCCCAUUCAGAACUACCAAUCAUUCCGCCGCAUGACGAACCUCUGCAAGUCCAAGGUGCCCCCCACAGUCCUCGCAGCCCUCGAGCCCAUCCGCUUCGACGACGCAGCGGUAAAGGAGUACGGCGUCCAUCUCGCCAUCAGCAUGAUCGCGCGCCUCUACCUAGAGACGGACAUUCGGGGCUUCCAUUUGUGCACUCUCAACCUCGAGAAGAGCGUGCGAAGGGUGCUCGAGGGAUUAGGGUGGGUCGAGUGCCAGCAGGAGGGGGCCGAGACGCUUCCUGCGACCGGCGCGAAGGUGCCGUCCUUCAAGUCGAGGGAUACCCACGCCAACAUCGAUUACAGAGCCGUGACGGAGGAGGCGCUCGCACGAGCACAGGCAGCAGCAAAGGGGGCGAAUAGAUCAGCGGCCGCAGCGACGAGCGAUGCGACAUGGGACGAAUUCCCCAACGGCCGCUUCGGAGACGCGCGCAGUCCCGCCUUUGGUGAAAUCGACGGCUACGGAGUCUCGCUCAAGGUCCCGCCCGCAGACGCCCUCCGCAUCUGGGGAUACCCAGUCAGCGACGACGACAUCAGCGCCAUCUUCUCGUCGUACCUCGUAGACAAGAUUCAGUGCAUCCCCUGGUGCGACGCGCCCAUCUUCGACGAGACGCUGGCCAUCCAGCAGUGGCUUUUGGCUCUUAAUGCCCCGGGAAAGGGAUGGUGGACCGUAGGGUCGCAGCCGGCUGUUGAUGGCGUGUCAAGUGCGGAUCCUACGUACGGCUUCGGGCCGCGAGACGGAUACGUGUAUCAGAAGGCCUUUGUCGAAUUCUUCAUGAGCGAGUCAGACAAAGACGCCCUCGCUGCCCGCAUCGAGGCAGAGGGGCAAGGCAAGCUCACCUUCUUCGCGGGCAAUCGUCGCGGCGAUUUUGAGACCAACAUGCCCCAGGGAGGGCAAGUCGAGGCAGUCACCUGGGGCAUCUUCCCCGGCAAGGAGAUUGCUCAGCCUACGAUCAUCGAGGAGGAGUCCUUCAAAGCUUGGCGGGACGAGGCGUUUGAUAUCUGGAGGGAGUGGGAGUCUCUCUUCCCUAAGCGGAGUGCUACGGCUCAGUUGAUGAGGGAGAUCGGGGAGAAGAGGUGGUUGGUUACAGUGGUGCAUCAUGACUAUAAGGAUGAGGCGGGAUUGUGGCGCUUCCUGAGAGCAGACGUCGCUCAGCCCCAAGCCGCACCUCAGAGCCCCUCGCCCACCACGGUCGUCUCUGCACCGGGCAAGGUCCUCGUCGCUGGCGGGUACCUCGUCCUUUCCCCUGCUUAUCCUGGCCUCGUUAUCAGCACCGACGCCCGCUUCUACUCGGUCAUUGCGGCGGGAACUGCAGGCAGGCUAUCCAUUCGCUCGCCUCAGUUCACACAGGCUGUCUGGCACUUUGAUCUCGACAUCGAGAGCGGAGCGCUCUCGCUCAGCUCCGAGUCGGCGUCCUCGCCCUAUGCAGGUCGAUCACCCUUCCUCUGUCUCGCCCUCGUCUACUCACUUGCUCUUGCGUACCAGCGUGUACCUCUGCCGGCGCUGCGCGCCAAGCUGGCGCAAGGAUUGGAGAUCACGGUCGUUGCGGACAAUGACUUCUACUCGCAGAAGGCCGAGGGCAGCGAGGAUGCUCCAACAUCGCAAUACCUCUCCUCGCUCGCCCCCUUCCACCCAUUGGACGUAGCGAUCCGCGACGUCCACAAGACCGGGCUUGGGUCCUCCGCUGCCCUCACCACCUCGCUCGUCUCCUCGCUCUUGCUGCACCUGGGCGUCGUCCGCACGCUUGAAAACGACGACGACCUUGCCCUUGCCCUUGCCCACAACACUGCGCAGCUGGCACACUGUGCGGCGCAGGGCAAAAUAGGCAGCGGUUUCGACGUCAGCGCGGCGGUAUGGGGCAGUCAGAUCUACAGGCGCUUCGAUGCCAAGGUGCUUGAGCCUCUCCUGGCUAGCAUACCCAAGAUACCCGUCACCGGCGCGCCCAAGGGAGAGGCAGGCGAGCUGGCCUCACUCCGCGACGUCGAAUCGCUAGGCCCCCACUUGGAUCCGCUCCAGCAGCCGCUCUGGAAGCCCUCGCCCCUCUCUGCUACGACCACGAGCAAUGCCCACCCAACCGCCUUCGAGGGCCUCGCCGCCACGACUGCCUCAUCAACAUCGCUACGUCCCGCUCCUCUCUCGCUCCCCGCAGGCAUCUCCCUGCUCCUCGCAGAUGUCGAUGCCGGAUCAAAUACGCCCUCGCUCGUCUCGUCCGUCCAGGCGUGGAGGACAAAGAAGCCCGAGUGGGCAAAACAGCUCUACGAUGUCAUUGCGUCGAGCAACUCGGCGCUCGCUGACGCGUUUGCACGGAUGGCACUCGCGCAGGGAGGGGCCGCUGAUGAGUACAAAGAGACGCUGGAGUGGGCGAAGGGGAGGAAGAGCAGCGAAUGGGGAGGCGUGUCCGACGGGUGUGGACACGGACAUGCCCACGGCGUGCACGAUGGCGGCGAAACGGGUACAUCGUCUUCCACUCGCCUCGCCGAGAGCGAGACGGGCCGAGCCCUCAUUGCCGCUCGCGAUGCGCUACGCUCCACACGCGCAGGUAUGCGCGAACUAGGAAGGCUGAGCGGCGCGCCCGUAGAGCCGGACAGCAUGGGUCGGGUGCUGAGCGCUGCGAUCGACGGAGUGCCGGGAGUGCUUGGCGGCGGCGUGCCCGGCGCUGGUGGGUAUGAUGCGCUCUACGUUCUCUACGUUGAGGCGGAGGGCAGGCGCGAGGCACUGGAGGAGAUGUUGCGUGCGGCGGGCAAGCGGGAGAAGGGGGAGAGCGAGCGAUUGAGAGUUGGCGUUCUGAUGAGCGGGGCUGGUACGGGAGGGGUGAGAGCCGAGUCGCUUCAGGCUGUGCGUGGUUUGCGGGAGCGUGCCGAGGGUGUCAUCAUGUAAAAGUGUCAUUGAAUGAGGCAUCGUGCACACGUGCGGGUGACAAAGGAUGAAACAGAUAGCAU